UUGAUAAAAAUUAAGGUGUGUACAGGCAUAAUAUACCAAUUUUAAUAGUUCUAGUACUUUUCGGUUUUCUGGUGUCCUAGAUAUUCAAAAUCCUGCAGACAUUUACGUUUUAUUUGUUUUUUUUUCUCGAAUCGAUAGCUGCUAACAAUGGUGGACACGGGUUGUUUCUUCAAUAUUGAUGGAGGUUAUUUGGAAGGGUUGUGCCGUGGUUUCAAGUGUGGAAUACUUAGACAUGCUGAUUAUUUGAACCUUGAGCAAUGUGAAACCUUGGAUGAUCUUAAACUACAUCUGCAAUCCACUGACUACGGCCAGUUUUUGGCUAAUGAGCCCAGCCCAUUGGCAGUAUCCGUUAUUGAUGACAAGUUACGCGAGAAGCUUGUCAUUGAAUUUCAACAUAUGCGCAAUCAUGCGGUGGAACCACUAAGUACAUUCCUUGACUAUAUCACUUACAGUUAUAUGAUUGACAAUAUUAUAUUGUUAAUCACUGGAACCCUUCAUCAGCGUCCAAUAUCUGAAUUGAUACCAAAAUGCCAUCCAUUGGGCAGUUUUGAGCAAAUGGAAGCUAUACAUGUAGCUGCUACUCCAGCUGAGUUGUACAAUGCGGUGUUGGUUGACACACCAUUGGCUCCAUUUUUUGUAGAUUGUAUUAGUGAACAGGACCUUGAUGAAAUGAACAUUGAAAUUAUUCGUAACACUUUGUACAAAGCAUACUUGGAAUCAUUUUAUGAAUUUUGUAAAAAGCUUGGAGGAAUCACGGCUGACACUAUGUGCGAAAUAUUAUCAUUUGAAGCAGAUAGACGUGCAAUCAACAUCACUAUCAACUCUUUUGGCACAGAAUUGACUAAAGACGAUAGAGCUAAAUUGUAUCCAAGAUGUGGUAAACUUUAUCCAGAUGGAUUAGCAGCUCUUGCUAGGGCUGAUGAUUAUGAUCAGGUGAAAGCUGUAGCUGAAUACUUUGCAGAAUACAGUGCUUUGUUUGACGGUGCGGGUACUAAUCCAGGGGAAAAAACUCUUGAAGAUCGAUUUUUUGAACAUGAAGUUAAGUUAAAUGUUAACGCUUUCAUGCGCCAAUUUCAUUAUGGUGUGUUCUACUCGUAUUUGAAACUUAAAGAGCAAGAAUGUCGAAACGUUGUUUGGAUUUCUGAAUGUGUUUCGCAGAAGCACCGUGCUCGUAUGGAUAAUUACAUUCCAAUCUUCAAGUAAUUAUUUUAUCUAUUUGAACAUCCAUAAUAUACAUGAUAUUUUAAAUUUAACAUAAAUGUCCCAUUAUUAUACAAUUUUAUGGUAUAACUUAGAUUGUUCAUUAGAUCAUAUAGAGUAUAUUAAUUCAUUUGUGUUAUUUAUCAUUCCAACGGUAUGAAUGUCUGGAGAAUUGUUGAUAGCUCGUCAAUGUAUUAUUAUGUUUUUUGUUUUUAUUAUAUUGUCAUAAAAAAAUAA